CGCAAAACACUGUUUUGAAAACAGUCCACAGUUCUUUUUCUAAUGUAGUCUAUUGUUGACAAAAAUCAGCUUUCUUUGGUAAAGAAGAUCAGUUGCUCACUCUCUUGUGAGCAACCCAGCACAGUUGUGAUUGACAAGGCGGCAUAGGUCAGAUAAACGUUAUCAUGGAUGUCGAUUGGCUGGAUGAUGAUGACGACCUGAUGGCGGCUUUGGCGAUUCACGAAGAGCAGGAGAGCGUUGGAGGAGAAGGAAACCCACUUCCGGAGGGAUCAGAUGGAGCCUGCGAUGGAUUCGAUUCGGCCACCGGGCACAAUUGGAUCUAUCCGACCAACCUGCCCCUGAGAUCCUAUCAACAGACCAUAGUCCAGUCGGCGCUGUUCAAAAACACCCUGGUGGUGCUGCCCACUGGAUUGGGGAAGACCUUUAUUGCGGCGGUGGUUAUGUACAAUUUCUACAGGUGGUAUCCCACGGGAAAGAUCGUGUUCAUGGCACCAACAAGGCCUCUGGUCGCCCAGCAGAUCAACGCAUCCCAGAAGAUAAUGCCCUUUGCCUCAGCCGAUACCGUACAACUUACAGGACAACUCCCUCGACUCAAAAGAGCUGAGCUCUGGGCCGCCAAGCGGGUGUUUUUUGCCACGCCCCAAGUGGUGCUCUCGGACAUGAUAGAAGCGGAUGGGGAGUCCACUUUUCCCUUCAGUUCCAUCAAGCUGAUAGUGGUGGAUGAGGCGCAUCGGGCCAAAGGUCGGUAUGCCUACAGCCAAGUGGCGGAAGGCCUGAUGGCGCGAAACCGGCACUUCCGAAUGCUCGCCCUGUCUGCCACUCCAGGAAGAACCAUGGAGGAUGUGGCUGCAGUGUGCAACAACCUGUACAUAUCCAGUCUGCAGGUGCGGUGGGACACCUCGAUCGACGUGCAGCCCUACAUACACAGGCGGACUAUUCGAACGAUUGUGGUAUCCCUGAAGGAAAGGAUCAAGGAGCCGCGGGAGAGAUUGCUGCAGAUCAUCGAACCAUAUCUGCGCCAGCUCAUAGAGGCCGAGAUUUUCAAAGGCAACAAGGGGAACAUAAGCAAAAACAGUUUGCUCUUUGAGCAGAAAUCCUUUACCGACCGCUCGGCGCAGGGCCAUCGGCAUCCGGAUCACAGCACCAUAAUGGGCAACUUUGCCAUGUGCAUCAGCUUGUACCACUCGCUGGAGCUGAUGGAGCGCCACGGACUCCGGGUGUUUGUCAACAAUUUCGAUGCCGACGAGGACGGUCGCGAGAAGUUUGUUCUGGCCAGAGAUAGAGAUCUCAGGGAUUUGGUGGAGCAGGUGCGGCAGAGCCUAGGCGCUAACCCACUCGACUACACCACACAUGCCAUGACGAACGGGGAAGUGCCUCCACUGCCCGCCGAUCUGGACUUUGGCCAUGCCAAGUACGAAAAAUUGCGAGAGGUUUUAGUAAAGCACUUUGAGUCAAAUGCCGAUUCCCGUGCCAUCGUGUUUUGCGAGUACCGUGAGUCCGUGAUGCUGAUCCACCGGCUACUCCUUCAACACAGGCCGGUGCUCCGUCCACGCUGCUUUGUCGGCCAGGGCAGCACGGGGGGAGCCAGCCACGCUCUCACCCAGAAACAGCAGCUGCAAAUCAUGGCCGACUUCCGAUCCGGCGCCAGCAACGUACUGGUGGCCACGUCGAUCGGUGAGGAGGGCCUCGACGUGGGAGAAGUGGAGAUGAUAGUGUGCUUCGACAUUUGCAGCUCCAAUCCCACGAGAUUUGUUCAGAGGAUUGGGCGCACUGGCAGGAAAAAGAACGGAGAGGUGGUAAUGCUGGUUACCGAGGGACGAGAACAGCAGGUGCUGAAAGACGUCUUGGCCAACAAGGAUCAGAUCAACAGAAAGCUAAUGAACUCAUCUGUCGUCAAGUUGUCGCUCUACGACCAGAAUCCCAGAAUGGUUCCUCAACAAUUCCAACCGAAAUGCGAGGAGAAACACAUGGAGCCAGCUGAAGAGGAGAAACCCAAGCCCAAGUCAACUGCCAAAACGAAAGAAGGCAAAAAACGAAAACUACCCAUCGUUAAGUGCGGCAACCUAAAGAAUUACUUUAAGGAAAGCGCUCCGUCGGAGAGUCAGCACGGAAUCCUGCAGGGAAUGCAGCCCUACCAAAUGAGCGAAGCAUCCCAGCAAAAGGUCAAAGAGCAAGUGCUUCGCCGCAGCGUAAAUUUAAAGAAUUUCUUUGCGGAAUCCCAGGCAAGCUCAACUUUAACCAGCAGUCAGGAAGACGUGCAACGCCUGAAAAAACUCAAUCGCCUCCUUCAGUCAAAUAAACCACUGAUUUCGGACUCCCAAGAUAUUAUUGCCCAUCUACAGGAUGAGCAACUGCCCAAACCACUGAAGCUUUACUUGCUGCAGAGUAAUCCCAACUUCGUCAGGGAAACCCAUUCGAAGAUGCAGGUCCAAAACGAAUUGAAUAUCGCUGAUGAUCGCUUGAACAGCCGACAGCAGCGCACCAGGAACAAUUAUCAACUGCUGCUGGACAUCUGUGAUGGAGCUGAGAAAUUGGAGGAGCUGCUUCAAGAAGAGGCGAAUGUAGCAGAGAUAACUUUCAGGAAUCUAAAGGAUCCGAUAGAUAAGGAAAGGGAAAGAGAGUUUGUUGCCACCUGUGAUAAGAUUUUCGAGGGUCUGGAUGAACAAGGCCUCAACUCUGACAACUUUGAGCUCAAGAAAAGUCUGCUUGAAAAGCUUGAGCUGCGAAACCUGGAAGUCACAUUAGCUGAGCCACCGCGUGGUGCCACCGAAACCUCCUGGUCAGAGCAGGAAAGCGAGGAAAGUGCGGCUGAGGAUAAAUGUGAAUCCAUGUAUUUGAGUCAGCACAUGAAUUUUUCAGCUGCAGAUGCAGUGCCGCACAGCUCCACCCCUCUGAGAGUAAAACACGAAAGCAGACUCAAAUUUGAAACGCUGCAGGAGGAGGAUGAAGAGGAAUGCGACUCUCGGGUGGAGGCCAGUAAUUUGAGUGACAACUUGGGGCGCCUAAACUCCUUAAUAAGCAACAGUGAAUCCAUGUUGAAAACUGAAGCCACAGAAAAGUCUCCUCCCAAUCAAAACCCUGGUGGUGUAGAAAGUGAGAUAUAUCCGAUUAGCUUGAACGAGACAAAAGUUGGCAGGGAACCCACUCCGGAUACAGCAUCACAAGCUAAAUCCACUUUGGAUGAUUUCGAUAUCGACUUGGAUGAUUUUCUUGAGCCCAUGGACGAGGAAUUGGUUCUUACCACUCAGAAAAAUAACAACGAUCCUAAUGAAUUCGUUGAUCCCGAACCUGAGAAAGCAUUGCCAAAAAGCCCUCAGAAAGAUGAUCUUGAUUUAGAACUCGACGUCUUUAAUGAUUUCCUAGAACCAAUGGCCGAGGAAGUGGAAUUACUUAGCCAGCAGAAGAAGACCCAUUCCAUGGCACCGGAAGUGGAGCUUAUGUGCCAGCAGAGAACGGAAAUGCAGUCUCCAAAUAUAAAAUCAAAAGAAAACCUACUUUUCGUGGUCCAACCUGAGAGCGAUUCGCGUACCGUUUCGCCAGAUAUUUUUGGCUCCGAGUCCUUGUCGCCCUGGAAGCCACAAGGCAAAAGUCUAGCCGCCAAGUUGGCUGCCAAAACAGCCACAGUGCCUCGCCCUUCUCCGAAUUCAGUGAUUCUUAAUUCGCCAGAAAGCCGCAAGCGCACGAAUCCUUUGAUCCAGGAUAAAUCCCCAAGCAUCUUUGAUCUGUACUUAAACCGCAUGCGAGGGCAAGGGCGUAUGGCAAAAGCUGCGCAAAGCCUUCAUCAAAUGACUUCAAAUACUUCCAGGGCUUCGGCCAGAGAUGAGGAGGACUCUCCCAUUGCACGGCGUCCAUCGAAGCGCAAGAUUGUCAUUAGCUCCGAUGAAGAGGAGGAACAAAAGCCGCAGGUUGCGGAAACCCAAGCGUUCUGCGAGUCAGAUGACAACGAGACGAUUCCCGGCACGCAAAUGCUUGAAACUCCCUCGCCUCCGCCACGACCUAGUAGAAAGCGCAAAAAGUUCAAUUCGUUUAUUCUGGACGAGGCGGAUAAGAGCGGAUCAGACCACGAGGAGGAGGCGGAGACUACAAUUGGAACAUAUCUUAAGGACUCUGUGAUAGUGUCAAGCGAUGACGACGACCACCAUAACGACACAAACACCCAUGCCAUUUACCUGAGAGCUAUGAAGAGCCCAGUUCAACGACCAGGUGCCUUCAAGAUGCCGCCACCAAGAGUUUAUCGCGACGAAUCCCACAUUUUCUCCCAGCAAGUGGAGGACGACUCCUCCCAGUACCUGCAAUGUUCGUUUAUCGUUGGAGACGAGAGCUUAGCCGCCGAAAAGAGCAGAGACGUUUCCGAGUGUCCUCUUGAGAAGGCUGAACGCAUCCUGAAAGAGCGGCGGAAGCAGCGUCGACUGGGAAAACAGCCUGCAGCUCCUGCCAACAGACGACGGCGACUGCAGACCAUUAGCUCUUCCAGUGAUGAAGAUGAUGUGGUUUUUGUUAAGUGAAAACCAAGCCACUUCUAAAUGCCAUUGUUUUACAACAUUUGUGAUUAAGCGCAUAGAGCGUUAUAGAUUUUACUUUUGUUGGUAUUUAAAAUGUAACUUAAUUAAAUAGGGAUAAUAUUGUAUGUCAAAAUAAUUGUACAGCAAAUCUGAAAGUUUC